ACCAUCAUAUUACUAUAUAUCAACUUUUUGUAUAUAAAAUAGUACUUUAACUAUAACUAUGAUCUAAUAAAAUCAUCAAUAACAAUAAAACCAACCACUAUUUGUCUAUUUCCUUCAUCUUCAAUUCUCUCUCCUCCUUGCCUGCAACUCUCCGGAGGCAAGCAGGCAAGCAGGCUAGCCAUAUUAUUCUCAACAAAAACUCCAUAGUUUUUCUCCACUUUUUAUACCAUAUAGUUUUUAUACCAUAGUUUUUAUAUUUCAUGUAAAGUGUAAGAAACGCAAUUUCUGUAACGUGCAAUAUAGGGAAAAACACAAACAAAUUUAAGCAUCAAAAGUUUUGUAUGUUGUUGUUUCACGGCACAGAUGAGAUACCUUGAUCUUUCCUAUAUUUCCUUUGCCUUAACUUUUGCCGUAAUUUAUUCUCAUUUUUCUUCCUUUUAAAUUCUUCUGUUUCCUUGAUUGUUUUCUCUUGUCCCGAAAUUUAACACAAACAUAGAUUGGUGUUCAAUUUCGGAACUCGAGAACACGUGGUAUAUCCGGGUGUAUGAUAAAAGUCGUAUACGAAAGCAGAAAAAAGUGGGGGAGUAGAGGAUCAAAUUUUGUUGAUACUUGAUUGGAGUAAUUUGGACUUUCAAUAUGCCAUCACAACUGAUGGAUCAGCAGGGAUUGUCUACAUCACCUUGCUUUUCAGGAGAUCUGCGAUUUUCGGGCGAGGUUAAUAGACAAGUUGGAUUCUGGAAGAUGGACACUGCGAGGAGUAAAUAUGGUUUGAAGACAGAUGCAAUUACUGGUAGUCCAUGUGGCAUACCUGUUCCAUCGCCCUCAGAAGAACUGGUAUAUUUGGAUUCUCUAGGAACCAAGUGUUCUGAAAAUCCUGAACAGAAGAUCACUUUUAGCUUGCAAAGACAUGCAGUGGGAGCAGAGAGAGCUCUCAGUCGGUCCUUGAAUACGUGGAAUUCAAUGGACCUCAAUCCUGUCACAAGAUCCAGUAACAAUUUGCCACUAACAUGGGUUAAAAAUAACACAAUAUCUCCUGGCUAUGAAAAUGGAAUACUCGCAAGCUCAUUGUCAGAACCAUUUUGCCAAAAGUUGCAACUAUCCUCGAGCAAUGACUUUUAUAGUCACUCUGUUGAUACUGUUGCUUCACACUAUGAGGACGAGCCUCUUGAAUCCCUUGAAGAAAUUGAGGCCCAGACCAUAGGAAACCUUCUUCCUGAUGAUGAUGAUGACCUGCUCGCUGGAGUUAUUGAUAAGAUUGAAAGUAUAGUCCAACCAAGUGGAGAGGAUGGCAUCGAAGAUCUGGACCUUUUCAGUAGUGUUGGAGGCAUGGACUUAGGAGAUGAUACAUCAUCUGGAGGACUAUGUCAAUCUGAAUUUUCUGGCAGCUCUAAUGGACAAUUGACUGGAGCUAAUAUGUCUGUAAAUGGGGAACAUCCUUAUGGUGAACACCCAUCUCGCACUUUGUUCGUAAGAAAUAUCAAUAGCAACGCUGAGGAUCUUGAGUUGCAGACUCUCUUUGAGCAAUAUGGAGAUAUCCGUGCUCUUUAUACAACUUGCAAACACAGGGGUUUCGUAAUGGUUUCAUAUUUUGACAUUAGAGCAGCAAGGAAGGCAAUGAAGGCACUUCAAAAUAAGCCUUUGAGACGAAGAAGGCUUGAUAUACACUAUUCUAUCCCAAAGGAUAAUCCUUCAGAGAAAGAUGUGAACCAAGGCACUCUUGUGGUAUUUAACCUUGAUUCUUCUGUUUCAACUGAUGAUCUUCACCGGAUUUUUGGAGCAUAUGGAGAGGUUAAAGAGAUACGAGAAACUCCACACAGAAGUAACCAGAGGUUUAUCGAGUUCUAUGAUGUUAGAGCUGCCGAUGAAGCUCUCCGUGGAUUGAAUCAAAGUGAUAUUGCUGGGAAGAAGAUUAAGCUUGAGCCAAGCCGCCCUGGGGGUGCAAGAAGAAGUUCAACGCAAUUAUCCCCCCCAGAUCUGGAUAAAGAGGAACCCGGUCUUUUUCUACAGCAAAGAAGUGGUGGAUUUUCACAUGACUCCAUUAGCUCUAUUAACAUGGAAAGCGACACUGGUUGUGGUACAAGUGCCAGAAUGCUGGCAACUUUAGGUUCAUUUAUGGAAAAUCCUGCCUGUCGUGGAGUCUCUUCUAGUGUCCCUGGUGGCUUACCAUCACUUAGAGCUGAGUUGGCCCAUAAUCAAGAAGGGCUUUCUGAGUCCGGGAAUUUAGUCAACCAUAUCAACUAUGAUUUUCGAGGACUGCCGACUCUUUAUCCUCAUUCACUGCCCGAAUACAUUGAUGGUUUCGCUAGUGGUGCUCCUUGCAAUUCUGACCGUAACAUGCCUGCUACUGUUAGUUCCCAGGAAAGGGUUGAGAAUACUCACUUCGGUAGGACAAGUUCAAGUGUCGAAAUGUGUAACGGUUUUUCUGCAUCUGAAAAUGUAAUUGGUCCUCUACCUGGGCAUCAUUACAUGUGGAAUAACUUAAACCCCCGCCAAACACCAGCUUUCCUGUGGCAAAAUUCACCUUCGCUUUCGAAUGGGAUUUGUAAUUCUCAAAUCCAACCUCGGGUCCAUGGACUUGCAAGAUCACCAUCUUAUUUGAUGAACUCAGUUCUACCCAUGAAUGGCCAUCACGUGGGAUCAGCGCCAGCUUAUAAUUCUUCUAUUUGGGACAGGCGAAAUUCCUAUCCAGGGGGGUCACCUGAAGCAUCUAGCUUCCACCACUGUCCUCUAGGGAAUAUGAGACUUUCUAGCAGCCCUCUGCAUCACAUGGAUUUUAUCUCUCAUAAUAUUUAUCCUCAUGUUGGUGGAAACAGCUUCGACAUACCAAUCUCUUCUAGGAUGGUUGAUCCGCAUGUCCAUCAUCAAAGAGGCAAUAUUCAUUCCUCUAGGGGCCAGAUGAACAUGGUUGGGUCAUUUGAACAUCCUGGUGAACGUGGUAGAAGUCGUAGAAGCGAAAGCAGUUACACUCAAGCUGACAACAAGAAACAGUAUGAACUGGAUAUGGACCGCAUUAGGCGAGGGGAAGACUAUCGAACCACUCUGAUGAUAAAGAACAUUCCUAACAAGUAUACAUCCAAGAUGCUUAUGGCUGCCAUUGAUGAAUGCCACCGUGGAUCUUAUGAUUUCAUUUAUUUGCCAAUUGAUUUCAAGAACAAGUGCAAUGUGGGUUAUGCAUUUAUCAACAUGAUUGAUCCAAGCCAUAUUAUCUCAUUCCAUGAGACAUUAAAUGGCAAGAAAUGGGAGAAAUUCAAUAGUGAAAAGGUUGCAUCACUUGCUUAUGCCCGCAUACAAGGGAAAGCUGCACUCAUUGCUCAUUUUCAGAAUUCUAGUUUGAUGAAUGAGGACAAACGAUGCAGACCUAUCCUCUUCCAUUGUGAUGGCACAAAUGCAGGUGAUCAGGUUCCCUUCCCUAUGGGUGCUAACAUUCGAUCUAGACCUGGUAGAUCAAGAUCCAGCAGCAAUGAUGACAACCACCAAGAGAGCCCACCUAAUGUCGUCAGCAAAGAGUACUAUUCUUGUGGAGACUCAUCAUCAAGUUCGGGAAAGGAAUGGGAUUGAGCAGCCCACUAAUCUAACAGUAGUUGUAUCUUGAAGUGUUUUUGGGAUGAGAGGGAGAAAGAGGAAAAGAAGAUGAAGCGAACUACAUGGGCGACGUGACGUGCUGUCAUGAAGAUCUGCAUGGACAGAAAAGGUUAUUAACUGCAAGUGACUUGAGGGAAUUGUAACUAUGAGGAGAGAUUGUAACUAUGAGGAGAGUUGGUAAACGGAGCGACAACGGGAGCUCCAAAAAUUUUGAUUGGUGUUGAGUUUUAUAUAUGCAGAAUGUAUUUAUAAAUGUAUAGAUGUAUUUUAACUAGUGAAGAGAGCUUCACAACAGGUCAUCAGCUGGGAGAAAGCUUCCCGGGGUUAACUUCUUUUGCUAAUUUUCCUGUUUCGAACUACUCUUUAUGGGGUUGACAUUUAUGGAAUGAGAAUUGUGGAAGUUGGAACACUUGUUAA